GCUUGAAAAAUACCACGGCACAAGAAAACCCUUUGCACUCUUUUUCUUACGUGGAAUGAUGUUUUUCUCUCCCCCUUUUCUUUUCUAAUAUAUAUUUUUAUUUUUGGAGAAAAAGAUGGUUAAGGAAUUAGCUCGUUCAAAAGAGAAUAUUUUUUUAUUUGUACCUAACCUCAUUGGUUAUACGCGAAUUAUCUUGGCUGCCUUGUCGCUAUACUAUAUGCCUUGGCACCCAAAAGUGUGUGUAAGUCUGUAUUGUAUCUCUUGCUUGUUAGACGCUGUUGAUGGCAAUGCCGCUAGAUAUUAUAAUCAAUGCAGUAAAUUCGGUGCUGUUUUGGAUAUGGUGACAGAUAGAUGUACUACAACCUGUCUCUUGUGUUUCCUUUCACUCAAGUACCCCGAAUGGACUAUUCUCUUUCAAUUCCUUAUUUCACUCGAUUUCAGUUCUCAUUAUAUGCACAUGUACAGUUCCAUGAUCUCGGGAUCAUCUAGUCACAAGAAGAUUAGCGAGAAACAAAGCUGGUAUCUUCGUAUCUACUACACCAACAAUAUUGUAUUAUUCAUCAUGUGUGGUGGUAAUGAGCUUUUCUUUGUUGCCCUUUACGUAAUGAAAUUUACAGAUCCAUUAAAUUUGCUCGGAUGGAUUGCUUUAUCAGUGACAGGUGUUAUCUGCUUUGCUAAACAAUUUAUCAACGUUGUCCAAAUUGUCAAUGCCAGUAAAACUUUGGCUGCAAUCGAUCAACAAGACAGAGCUGCUUUAAAAUCAAAUUAAAACAAAACAAAAAAAAAUUAUAAACUAUUGUAUGUACACCCAAAAAAAUAAAAAGUUAUAUUUUAAAAUCAUGAAA